AAUACGAAUGAUAUUUUAGUUCUAGGUGUCAUGGGUAUACACAUCCUAAACUGAACCUAGUGAAUAUGGACAGCUUGACGUUUCAAUCUCACCGGAUAUUUAAUUAAAACGGUGAGCAAACUUCGAAAAUGAAUGUGAUACUUCAAAAGCACGAGGCUAAACACAUAUAUAAAGUACCGGAAGGACUGCGAGAAUUAUGCACUGACAUUUCGCGUGAAUUGCGGUUCAAGUCGUGAACAACAUUCUACUGGGCAGUCAGGCCAUCCUAUCGUUACUUUAUCGAUCCGGUUUCACUUUAGAGCAGAUUACCGUCGCGGCUCCAAAAAUUCAAAAAGCAUUCCGCGAGUAUUUGGAUGCAGUGGACAUGCAACCGGUACAAGUAUGCGAAGGUAAGGAAACGGCGAAUGAAUCGUAAAAAGAGAACUGGUAAACGUAACGUUUUUAAGCAGACCUCUUUAAGGGGAGCUCGUUCGAGGGUGAAGUUGUAAAAUACUAAGGGAAUAAAGAUAUGCUGCUGCUGGUUGGUAAUCACGGUUCAUACUGAUGAAAGUUUCAACGAUUCGCAAGACAGAACUGCUCGUUCCUACGGGGAACAAACCUUGAUGAAACUGAUUAAUGCCAGCGGAAGCAUGCAUUAAAGUCAGAAACUAAGAAACGACUUGAUAACUGGGUUCGAUAAAAUCGUGUAUACUUUAUACGAGGUGGUUACGUUGAGUACGUAAUAAGCCUGAGAGAUUGUAAAAAUGUUUUACUGAAAUGCAGCGGCGUAUUUGUGUCUUUGAUUAUUCGGAGAAAUACGAGGGGAGUGUAUAACGUAAAAUGACAAAUCUUAAUUUUAUUAUUUCUGUGUAAACUGCUUCAAGUGUAGACCCUACUUGCGAUGAAAAAUCCAUGACAUCGAUAAGAACUAUCCUCGAAGCUACGGGCGCGACGCGUGAGGACGCAGAACGCGCUGCCACAGUGAUACAAGCUGCGUUCCGUGGACACUACGAGAGGAUGGCACUGAACGAAGCCCAGGGGAAGGUACAAUGGCAAAGAGCGGUUGUGAACACGCUUGACAUCCUAAGGAAGGCCGGUGCCACGCAGGCGGAAAUCUCCAAAGCCGCUAAACACGUUAAAUUUGCCUAUCGUGGAUACUACAUCAGAAGGAAUCUAAGGAUCGACGCUCCUGGCGCAGAGGACGAGUUCCUUAAGAAGGAUGAACGCAUAUUGGAACCAGAAGAGGCCAUUCAAGCGGUCGCUUGGAUGGAAAUGAUGUACGAAGACUCGGGAUUGACGAUGGAAAAGGCCAACGAGGCUGCUACAAUUAUUCAAGUAACAUUAACAAACAAAAUUAAUGCUCUUUUCAGUUACUCAUCUUCAGUAUAUGUACUUCGUAGCAAGAACUAUUUGAUACUAUAAUAAUUAAGGCAGUUAAGUUUUCUUCGAUUGGCAGAAAGCCUAUAGGAAAUAUCGUACGAGGAAGCGUUGCUAUGACGUGCAAAAGCUAGAAUCAACGAAGUCAUUGGUGACCGAAGCUAUUAUUGACAAGUUGCAUCAAAGAAUUUUUGAGUCGGUGACGUUACACGGAGAAAUCCCAGAAUACGGUACUCGAGAGGAACUGAUGGCCACAAGUACAAAGCUGCAAAUGGCUUUCAAAGAACGUAUGAGAAGGUCGCGAAUAAUUAAGGAAGGUAUGACAUAGAAUUAACAGAACACGAUUAGGUAUUUUACGUAAUUAUGCACUGAUAACACAUUAGAUGUCUUCGAACCCGGUGAAUUUGAUGAAGAAGAAGAGUACGAGGAAGAGAGUGAGUGACAAUUUUGCUUAAGGUAGUAACGCAGAAACUCGUCUAGUCAAACUAGCGAAUUCCCGCGUUUGACUAGUUUAGUGUUUAGAUGUGGCAACGUCGCGGACUAUAACAGACGUUUGUAGGGCGGCUUUAUGCUUGAGUUGAAAUUAUCCUCAAAUCAAAUCCUAACCAAAUAAAUUAUUCUUUAUUUCAAUAUCAUAAAU